CUCAGUUACUCAAUCCGUCAGCUGUAGUUGUGUGUCACCAGUAAAAAAAUACGUAUUUUAUUGUCGCAAAGUAAACAAAAUCAAUAAAUAUACUAUAAUUAAUAAACAAUGUGAAUUAUUAAAAAAUAAAUCAAUAUAUUAUUUAAAUAAUAAAUAUGUAGACUGAAUAAAAUAUAAUAAGUAUGAUGAAAAAAAAUAAUUGACGAACAAUUUUUUUUUUUUUUUUUUUUUUUUAUAAUAAUAACUGAAUAAAAUGUGCACAAGUAAACUGCGUAUUCUAGUGAUUUUUAUAUUUUGUUUUUUAACGAGUAUACAUGCAUCGAAAGAGUGCUACUCUGGUUUCUGUCAUAAAACAACAACUGAUUUCCCAACAGAAGAACCGAGAUGUCUUAUAACACCAAUUAAAAAAGAUAUUGAUUGUGUUAAUUUCAAGUUCCACAACUUAGAACGUACAUUUUCAACGAAAAUACCAUUUGCUGAUAUUAAAUUAUCUGCAUAUGUUGCAACAUUUCCAGAAUAUCAUACCAAAGUAACAGCAUUCAAUCUCACGAUCAAUAAUGCUGCUUUUAAUCGAAUGACUACUCGAUAUCAAGAAUUAGGAGCACGAAAAUCAUAUUGCAGACAUAUACAGCUACGUGGUCUUAAGGAAAUAAAUAAAUUACCGAAUUUAUUCAUAUCAUGUCCAUUUUCAAAUUCUUCAUUUGAAGGUAUUCCUUAUAGACUAGAAUAUCUUAUAGCUGGAGAUAAUUAUGAGUACAGUAAGAAGUUAGUGUUCCAAGUUCCUGAUCAUUUAUCUAUUGACGAAAAUAUCGAAAAUGUUCAAAAUUAUGUUCCAUUUUUUUAUAUUGAAGUUUCAGACGCUAAAAUUUCUAUACAUAUACAAUCCGUGCCAGAUAAAUUUAAUGUUACAACGUAUAGAAUUUGGAUGAUAAAUAAUGACACUAAUUUAAUAAAAUCAUUUGAUUUAACAGCAAACGGUAAAAAACAUUUAAAAUAUGAUUUUCUUAUUACCGAAGGUGUUCAUUAUUUUAAAGUAUCUGCGAUGCAUCCAGACUGUGGUGACUACGGAUGUGUCAAUAGCACAUCACCUGUAAUUAGCACAAAACAACCAACGAGACGUUUAUUAAUUAUGAUUGUUAGUGUAGUGUGGAUUCCACCUGUGAUAUUAUAUGCUAUUUAUUAUUUUUACAAAUUAUAUCAAAAAAGAGAAAUUUUCAAAAGAAUUAAUAGAAAACCAAAUUGUUUACUAGUGUAUUCACCAACUCAUUUGGCACACAUCAGUGUAAUAUCUGAUUUAGCAAAGUACUUAAAAAAUUGUAAUAUAAAUGCAAUGAUGGAUGUACUUGAUAUUCCCGAAACUGAUACAAAGGAUCCAGGACUUUGGUGUAAUGCUGCAUUUCACAAAGCCGAUGUAAUUGCUGUCGUUACAUCACCUCGACUCAGAGAUACAAAUAUACCAAUAAUUUAUCGUAAUAUAGAUAAUCAUGCAUUAAGAUUGAUUAAAGAAAAUUAUUCAUGGAAUAAUAAAAGAUAUAUUACUAUUGAAUUUCCAUAUUGUAAACCAGACGAUAUUCCAGAAGAAGCGAUUGUAUUUAAAAAAUUUAACAUUCCAGAAAAUUUAGAAAAAUUAAUACAUUAUGUACAUAAUACAGAUUAUAUACAAUUUUAUGAUGUAUCAAGUAAAAAUUUGCUGAAGAGUAUUGAAGUUGCAAUGACAGAAAUUACUAAAGAAAUUUAUGUCAAAUCGAAAAGUCUAAUAGAAAAUGAUAAUCUUUUACCGGUAAAUACUACGUCGGUAAUAAAAACAGUUGUGAGCGAAAAUCGCGUCCAGCCAGAUGAAUCAUCCAAUGAUAUAGAAGACUGUAAAAAUUCACACUGUUUUACUACUAAAAUAAGUGAGCUAAAUUUACUAGGUGAAGAUUUAAAAACCGAUAUGAUUACUUGCGAGUAUACAUUUCCUAAAACUGAUAGUGAAUUUCAUAUUGAUCGAUUAGAUUUAUAAAAACAAAUGUUUUACUCCAUCUAUGUGUUAAGAUUUUUUUGU